AGGAAGUGAUCGAAAUCACGGUUUCUAUACAUUGAAAAACGAGUGAAAGACACUUUGUGUCAGCGUGCAGUGUUUGGUUUGUUUGCCUGAGCUGCAGCCGAUCCUCCCUUGGCAGGGCUGUUUCUGGCACGGCUGGUUGCUCCAGUCUGCCUUCAUUUUAUCGCAGGGCUCGCUGCAGCUGAACUUGGCUCACAUUUACUGAACAUUAAGCACAGUCCAAAGGUUUCCCCCACGCUGUCACUGAAGUUUACUGCGUCUAUAAGCUCUCAGAUGGAUUCCGCGUGGCAAAGUGUCCUGUCUGUACACCAGAGGAUAGUCGACAAUGGAGACAAGAGAACGGACCCCUGGCUGUUGGUCUACUCCCCAGUCCCGGUGACGCUCAUCUUCCUGCUUUAUCUGUUUAUAAUCUGGGCCGGCCCUCGUCUGAUGAAGCACAGAGAACCCUUUGAGCUCAAAGUGGUCCUCAUUGUUUACAACUUCACCAUGGUUGGCCUGUCUGUGUAUAUGUGCCAUGAGUUCCUGGUUACAUCCUGGCUCCUUAACUACAGCUUGCUGUGUCAGCCUGUAGAUUACAGCACCAGUCCGCUGGCAAUGAGGAUGGCCAGAGUGUGCUGGUGGUUUUUCUUCUCUAAGGUCAUAGAGCUCAGUGACACGCUCCUAAUCAUCCUGCGGAAGAAGAACAAUCAGCUGACGUUCCUUCAUGUUUACCAUCACAGUACUAUGAUCUUCAACUGGUGGUCGGGAGUAAAGUAUGUGGCAGGCGGACAGUCGUUCUUCGUCGGCCUGAUCAACACCUUUGUCCACGUGAUAAUGUACUCUUACUAUGGCCUGGCUGCACUCGGUCCUCACAUGCAGAAAUACCUGUGGUGGAAACGGUACCUGACAUCUCUGCAGCUGGUGCAAUUUCUCCUGAUCCUCGUGCACACAGCGUACAACCUGUUCGCAGAUUGCAACUACCCUGAUGCCAUGAACGCUGUGGUGGUUGGUUACUGCAUCACCCUCAUCAUCCUCUUCAGUAACUUUUAUUAUCAGAGCUACCUCAGGAAGACGAAGAAGCACAAAUGAGACGCCGCGAUGAGGCAACACACAGCUGAAACACAACGGUUUAAAAAAAAUACAUAUAUAUAUACAUUAUACAUAAUGUACAUUAACGGUUUAUUAAAAAAAAAAAAAAUCUGCAGUACUUCUCAGUGACCACUGGAGGGCACAACAAGUCCACAUUGUGAAAGUUUUUCUCAGGGUGCUCAACACACAACUCGCUCUGGGGACUGACAUUGCACAAUAUUUCAGGCUAUAAAUGCAUUGGUGUGUUGCAUUUGUUACGUUGUUGUCUUUAUAAAAACAAACAAUAUAAUAAACACAGAACAAAUGUGAGCAAUCUGAA